CCGAGGGACGGUCUUGUCCGUUCAGAGGCGGCUUUUACACCUGAAGAAAACAACACCGAAGUUGUGAUCGUCCAGGGUCAGUUAAUAAGCGGAGACAGCGCAACAGAACCUGCUCAAAGCCUUGCACCCAGGCUGAGUCACCCCUGGCUUGCCUGGCCACGCCCCCUUCCAUCGCCCGCGGCGAGGUCCCGCCCCUUCCACCUCCCACUUCCUGGUAACCAAGCUGCUUUGCGCCGCCUUCUCGGGACCUGAUUGGCUGACGAGGCAACCGCUAACGGCUACGGAGUUUAAACCCAAGCCCUGGCCCCAAGCGCUGGGCUCCGAGAUCUGAGUGGUGGUCCCACCACGCUGAAAAAGCGUGAUGGAGUACCCAGUGAUGGAAACUGGUUCACUUUUUACCUCAGGAAUUAAAAGACAUGUGAAAGAGAAAAGAAUUUCAAAGGCUGCUAAGUUGAAUGUUUCUCUUGCUUCAAAAAUCAAAACAAAAAUAAUAAACAAUUCUUCUAUUUUCAAAAUUUCUUUAAAACACAACAACAGGGCAUUAGCUCAGGCUCUUAGCAGAGAGAAAGAGAAUUCUCGAAGAAUUACAACUGAAAAGAUGCUAUUGCAAAAAGAAGUGGAGAAACUGAAUUUUGAGAACACAUUUCUUCGUCUAAAGCUAAAUAAUUUGAAUAAGAAGCUUAUAGAAAUAGAAGCACUCAUGAACAAUAACUUGAUAACUGCAAUUGAAAUGAGCACUCUUUCUGAGUUCCAUCAGAGUCCCUUUCUUCUGCCAAGUAGCAAGAAGAAACGGGUUAGUAAACAGUGCAAAUUGAUGCGUCUUCCAUUUGCAAGGGUUCCAUUAACUUCAAAUGAUGAUGAUGAUGAAGAUAAACAGAAAAUGCAGUGUGACAAUAUCAUGUCAAAGACAUCACCUGAUAGCCCCUCUUUGGUAUCAACUCAGCAUAACUUGGAAUUGUUAUUUCUUAAAGAAAAUGAUCAGAAUGUUUGUGGUGUAAAUGAUUCAAAACACAUUUCUUCUAUUGUUGAUAUACUUCCCAAAGAAAGCCCUUCCCACUCAGACCAAAGUUCCAGGAGUUCUCUAAUGAGUGAGAUGAAAAAUGCCCAGUCGAUGAGCCACAGAAAGAAGUCAUCUCCUAGUAAUGUGACUAAAAGGAAAAAACGUGUAUCAUCUUGGGAAUCAAAUAAUCCUGCAGACACUCCCUGUGUAACAGAUUUGGAUCAACAACAGAUUUCAAGUCCAACAUUAAAUUGGAAUAAUGAAAUAAAAGAUUGUACUAACGAAGCAGAUAUUAAAAUGCAAAGAAACAUAAUGUGCCUUCCUGCCUCAUCUGAGUCUGCAAGUGAACCUACUGCAGAGGGCAUGAAUCCAGUUCAGGGUAAUGAUGACUUUCAAUUGCAAAAAACUGUGUAUGAUGAUGACAUGGAUUUAACUGCUAGUGAAGUAAGCAAAAUUGUUACAGUUUCAACAGGAACUAAAAAUAAAAGAGAUAAUAAAAAACCAAAUGAUUGUGGAAUGAAAACUUUCAGAAAAGUGAAAGAUCCAAGCUCUGAAAAAAAGAGAGAAAGAUCAAAGAGACAAUUUAAAAAUAGUUCAGAUGUGAAUAUUGAGGAAAAGAUCAAAAAUGGACCAGAAAGAAGAUCUGUUGUCCUGGAUGGCAAAGGGGAUUCAGAAGAACCAAAUUUUAUUUUCAGUACUGAACAGCUGACUCAGUUGAACAUGCUGAAGAAAAUAACCCUUCAUAAUGGCUUUGAUCAGGAUGACACACAAAGUACACAGUAUAACAAAAAGAAGAAAAGAAUUCAUGUACCAGAUGAUCAAGAGGAAACAUACUCUUUUUCCCAAAGUUCAGAUAAAUUCCAGCAGGACAGUAAAUUUGAUAUGGGUCCUAGUUCUCUAGCAUAUAAGAAAAGUAAAACUUCUAGACAGACAUUUGUGAUUCAUACGUUAGAAAAAGAUAACUUAUUCCCAAACCAAAAGGUUAAAGAAACCACCUCUGAAAACCUAGGAGUCACAAGUAAAUUUCAAACAGCUUAUCUUUCCAACAAAGAUAAUGGAAAGUUAUGUGAUUAUGAGACCCAAAAUAUGUUAGAUUUGAAAAAGCAUGUCACUGAUAUGCAACCCACUCAGCAAAAUGAAUCAAAAAUAAAUAAGAAGCUUAGGCAAAAAAUAAAUCGGAAGACAGAAAUAAUUUCUGAAAUGAACCAAAUACUUGGGGAUAAUGCCAAAGAUGUGCAAGGCCCAGAAAAAGGUAACUUUUCCUUCCAAACCCAAGAGGAUAAAGAAAUCAUCUCUGGAAACCUAGAAGUUUCAAAUGACUUUCAAAAAUCUGGUCUUUCCACUAGCAAUAAUGGAAACCCGUGUGAUUGUGAGACCCAGAGUGUAUUGGGUCUGCAAAAGCAGAUCACCGACAUGUACCCUGUUCAGCAAAAUGAAUCAAAAAUUAAUAAGAAUCUUAGGCAGAAAGUAAAUCGGAAGACAGAAAUAAUUUCCAAAGUGAAUCUUUUAGAUAAUAACAAAAGUGGGUAUUGCCCAGAAAAGGGUAACUCUUUCUUCCUAACCCAGGAUAAAGAAAUUAUCUCUGAAAACCUAGAAGGCACAAGUGAGUUUCAAACACCUGCUCUUGCUUCCAAAGAUAGUAGAAACCUAUAUGAUUAUGACACUCAAAAUGUUUUGGGGGUGAAAAAGCAUGUUUAUGAUAUACAACCUGUUUGUCAAAAUGAAUCAAAAAUAGAUAAGAAGCUUAGGCAAAAGGUAUGUCGGAAGACAGAAAUCAUUUCUGAAAUCAGCCAAAUAUAUAAGAAUGACGACAAAGGAAUGCUUGACCCAGGAGAAGGUAACUUAUUUUCUCUAACCCGAAAAGAUAAAGAAAUCAUCCCUGAAAACCUAGAAGAUGGAAAUGAGUUUCAGAUAGCUGAUCCUUCCCUCAGAGGUAAUAGGAAUCCAUGUGAUUAUGAGACUCAAAACCUUUUAGGGGUGAAAAAGCAUGCUACUGAUACUGGGAAGCAAGAUGAAUCAAAAAUAAAUAAGAGUCUCAGGCAGAAAGUAAGUCGGAAGACAGAAAUAAUUUUGGAAAUGAACCAAAAAAAUGAAUUUAGCGACAAAGGUGUACAUGACACAGUAAAAGGUGCCUUCUUUUCCCUAACCCCAAAGGAUAAAGAAACCAUUUCUGAAAACCUAGAAGUCACAAAUGAAUUUCAAACGAUUUAUCUUCCCACCAAAAAUAAUGGAAAUUUAUAUAACACCCAGAAUAUGUUGGAUUUGAAAAAGCAUGUCACUGAUAAGCAACCCGCUCAGCAGAAUGAAUCAAAAAUAAAUAAGAAGCUUAAGCAGAAAGUAAAUCGGAAGACAGAAAUAAUUUCUGAAAUGUACCAGAUAUAUGAGGAUAAUGAUAAAGAUGUGCAUGGCCAAGAAAGCUAUACAAAAGAUCUUAAUUUUAAAAUAAAUAAAUCUAAAAGACUUGAAGGCCAAGGUAUUAUCAGUGGAUACUGUAUGGAAAUCAACAGUAAUGAAAAAGAAAAUUGUGGUCAAAUUUCAAAUCCUUAUAAACCAGUUAAAAAGCAUGGGAAAGAAUCAUCAGGCAAGGCAAAGAACAUUUUGGCAAAAGGUAACAACAAACCUAUCUUGCACUUAACAGGUUCUUCACAGACGUCUGUCUCCUUAGAACCAGGUUUAAAACACACUGCUGAUGAGACAGAUUCUGACCCUGGAAACCAAAUGGAGCUACAUAAGAAUCCAAAGCAAAGCACUACAACUCUGAAUAAAAAGAGAGAUAUCCCCUUCGUGGAAGUGACAAAGGAAGGAGAGUGCCAGGUCAAAAAAAUAAAUAAAAUGACAUCCAAAUCAAAGAAAAGGAAGACCUUCGUAGAUCCUUCUCCAGAUAGUCAUGAACUAAUGGAGAUAAUAUCUGACACCGUUCAGGGAAUAUCAGUUGAAUCUGAAUAUGCUGUUAAGGAAAAAAAUUUGGAAAAUGAGGAAACUGUCAAAAUUAAGCCAGACUUUUACACAAAAAUGUUGAAAUCUUUAUCUCAGAUAUAUUCACCUAACAGACAGAAUUCUUCCUUUAACAGUGUUCCUGAGGGUUCAAAACCUUUAAGUAUUUCUUCUAGUAAAAAUCUGAAAGAAAAUGUUGCUCUGGAGAGCUCACCCAUCUUUCAAAUAAGUGAUGAUGUGCAUGAGAAGAUGAAAAAUAUGAAAUUUAAAGUCAACCAAAGAACACAAAGAUCAGAAAUAGGUGUUAGAAUGCUACAGGACUUGACAAAUACCAGUUUUGUUUCAAAUAACACUGCUAAAUCUGAAAACAAGUUAGAAGAUCUAUCUUCGGAGCUGUCAAGCCGAAGAAGAAGGUGUACUCCUCUCUCUUUAAAAGAGCCAAGUCUCAAAGGGAAGAUGAGAAGAUGAGUGAAUUUAUACAUUCUGGUUUUUCUGAAUUCUCAAACCAUAACAAGUCAAAACAAGGAUAUAACUAAGAUCAAGAAGAUGAAACACGUGACAAAAAGUUUUGGGUUUUUUUUUCUUUUUCAUUUUCUGUCUUUUCGUGGAGUGUUUAUUCUUAUGUAUAUAUAAUAUGCAUAAAAUAGCUAUUUUGUAAUACUAAGCUUUUUAAAUUAUUUUGGUCAUCCUAUAACAUCUUCCUGCUCAUUUAAGCUCCUUUCAACCAAACAACCUUUAACUAAACAAUAGCUAUUAGCCUUUUAACCAAAUAAAAUGUAUUAUAAAUACUUUUGCAUUGGUUAUCUUGUUGUACACCAAGCUAUCUUGUUUUGUUUUGUUUUUAAAACCAUUCAGUAAAUGUGAACACCUGUAAGAUUUUAAAAGUCACCUUCUGCCCUGGCCAGUUGUCUUUCACCCUUCGUUCUUCAACUUUCAAAAUUACUUGUUCAAUUGCAGCUUCUCUAUUACUUCCAUUAUAUGUAAUCUGAUGACUUGGCUGAGGGGUUAACCUCUCAGGCUCUUUUGAAUUUGGUUUUUAUAACUUUAAGUAGUAAAUCCUAUUCCUAUCUGAGAUUAAUGAACAUAGCUUACUGUAUUCAGAUGACUAGUCAAAUUCUAUUCUGCCCAUAUGGAAAAGUUUUCUUAGACAAUAUCCGACAAUGAAAAGCGUGGGCCCAGAAAUCUGCAUUUUUAACACCGCAGAUAAUUCUGGGGCAGAUUGUUCUAGGACCAAACUUUGAGAAACUGCUGUAGGACUACAGAGUCCCACAGAACUUACUCAUUAUCAACAGCAUUGGCUGGAUGGAGGCUAGAGUCUUUAUUAAAGGAACAGUUUACACAGUGGUCAAGAGCUUGGCAUCCUGACAGUCUGUUCCUUUCCUGUACUCCUAUUACUUUAAGGCUUCGGACCUCCUAGAGUCAUUCUCUGGUAUUAUGUUUCCUAUUGUUUAGUUCUAUUUUUUUUUUCCUUUCCGUGAGGUUUGUCUUUUUUUUCUGUUCCCAUGCAAAUUAUUUUUCAUUGUAUGUAUCACACUUAUAAACCUUUUAUUGUUGGUGGAAUUUGGUCACAGCAAGAAACAAAUUUCCUAUUCCCAUAUUAUAAAGACAUUUACCCAUGGUUUCAUUUUGUUUUUACAUUUAAAUUUCUGAUUCAUGUGGAUUUUGUUUCAUGAUGUGAGAUACGAAUGCAAUUUUGACCUUUUUCCAAAUGAUUUCCCAUUAAUUAAAAAGUCCGUGUUUUCCACUACUGAUUUGAAGUGCCACCUUUUUCAAUGUUGUAUUUCCAUGUACACUUAAAUUUAUUCCUCAAUUUUCUGUUCCCUUUACUUGUCUGUGUUUCUUUUUAUGCCCCACUACCAUCCUCUUUAAAUUAUAGAGACUUUGUGGGAGUUUCAAAGUCCCUCAUGGAGGUUUUCCACAUUUCUUGAUGCCUAGGCAUUCUCUCUUUUUUUCCUGGUAAUAUAAAUGGGAAAUAAACUCUGUUAUUGUUUGCAGUAUUUUCUAGAUCUAUCUCCUGAAAACCAAGCUAUCUUUACUCCCUUUUUCUCCCCAAUUCUUAAUGCCUCUCGUUGCUUUCUCUUGUCUAAUUGCAUGGCUGCUACCUUAUGUUAAAUGUUAAAUAGCAGUGACAAUAGUGGGUAUCCUUGUCUUGUUCCUGAUUUUCAUGGGAAUGCCUCUGGUUUUAUCCCAUUAAGUAAGAUGCUGUG